AAGACAGUAAACAACCCAAAUUUGCAACUAUAGUAGAUUUACUCUGGCCUACAUAUAUAUGUCCAUUGACCCUUGACGUAGGCUGGGGUAAAGGGACAGUCAAAGAAGGGGUUCUGGGGACAGAAGUAGAUGAGGGUGAGAGUUACAGGAGAGACUCUUCCCAGGAUGAUGACUAUUGUCCUCAAAGCGCUCACUGGAGCACUAGUUCUCCGACAGCGCGUAACGCACACCAACCAGAACGGGGUCAGGAGAUGAUCACAUGAACUUCCGGGUAAUGUCUCGGUUGCUGGACGACUAUUGUGGCAAUUCGGCCACAGGGCAUUCUUGGGGUCUAUAGUCGUGUGCAAGCAAGCGAAAAAUACUCAAAAGAACUGGACAGGGGCUGGGCAGCGUUGCAGCAAGGUUCUGGAUGAGAGAGGACAUUGGUAGAAAACACAAUGUUUCCCACGGAUCAGCAAUGCCUACUCGGGGGUGGGGGGUGGGACAAAGCGCUAUCAGCGGCCUAUCGAACGACCCGGAAGUUCUUGUCGCGGCCGCAUGACUUUCUGGGAAAUGUAGUUUAGCGGUCUGGGCGCCAUCGGUUUUGCAACGCAAACAGAGGGUCGUCCUUGGAUCUGACAAGUAUCGUUCACAAGAAGACACCGUGUGCUCUCGACCGUCGCACGUGUGUCCUUGUUGACCCGCUCGGGGUGGGACGAUAUCUCCGGGAGGUAUAAUUCCUUAGAAAGCCGAACCAGACACGCUGCCGCAGAGACUCCCGGUUAAUGUGGUUUUCCAGAGUGGCUACCGUUCGCGGUGUCGGGAACUUUUGUCCCGGAUGCGGAGGAGUCUGGGAAAGUUCGGUCAGUUACAGACAAAGCCUUUGGCUCGUCCUGCAGUGGCGUCUGGCUCGGAGAUGGGCGCCCCGAAACAGCUGGGGUCCUGAGCAGUGUAGUCUUGGGAGGCUGCAAACGUUGUCCGCGCAGCAGUGACCAGUGCUUCGGAGCUUGGGUGCCGGUGAGGUGCGGCUGAGACUUCCGGCAGACACUACCCAUCUAUGAGCCGGGAGUCUGGAAGGAGAACAGUUGUGAAGUAAUGUCUCAGGUGACAUUUAGUGACGUGGCUAUAAACUUCUCUCACGAAGAGUGGGGAUGGCUAGAUUCUGCUCAGAGGGAUUUAUACAAGGAUGUGAUGGUCCAGAAUUACAAGAACCUAGCCUCUCUAGCAGGUCUUUCCAUAACUAAGCCACACGUGAUCUCUUUACUGGAAAAUGGAAAAGAACCCUGGAUGGUGGAGAAAAAACUAUCAAAAGAUUGGGAAUCAAAAUGGAAAAACAAGGAGUUAUCAACAAAUGAUAUUUAUGAUGAAGAUUCAUCCCAAGCUGUAAUAAUAGAAAAAAACUUUAAAAAAGGUUGUGAACUUUCAAAUUUUAACAAGGACUCGCAAUAUAUUGAGAAGAUGGAGGGAAAACAUGGACAUCAGGUAGAACAUUUCAGACCAGUGACCUUUACCUUUAGAGAAAGCCCAAGUGGGGAAAGUGUUUACACAUAUAGUACAUUUAAAAGCAUCUUCCAUUUAAAGGCUGCUCUUUCUGAACCACAGAUAAUUUCUGCUGAAGAGAAACCACAUAAACAUGAUAUAUUGAAGAAAAGUAUACCCAAAAAGUCAGUUAUAAAACAUGAGAAAAGCAAUGACAGAAAUAAAGUUUUGAAUUCUAGUGAAAGUGUGGCAGCUUUUAGCCAGAGCAAAUCUCUUACCCUUCACCAGACUUGUAGUAGAGAGAGGAUCUAUACAUGCAGUGAAUGUGGGAAAGGCUUUGGCAAACAAUCAAUCCUUAAUCGCCACUGGAGAAUUCAUACAGGAGAGAAACCCUAUGAAUGUCGUGAGUGUGGGAAAGCUUUUAGCCAUGGUUCAUCCCUCACUCGGCAUCAGAUAAGCCACAGUGGGGAGAAACCUUACAAAUGUAUUGAGUGUGGGAAGGCCUUCAGUCAUGUCUCUUCACUUACUAAUCAUCAAAGCACUCACACUGGAGAGAAACCAUAUGAAUGUAUGAACUGCAGAAAGUCUUUCAGUCGUGUUUCACAUCUCAUUGAGCACCUGAGAAUUCAUACUCAAGAAAAACUUUAUGAGUGUCAAAUGUGUGCAAAGGCCUUCAUUCAUAGGUCAUCUCUUAUUCACCAUCAGAAAAUUCAUACUGGAGAGAAACCUUAUGAAUGUAGCAAAUGUGGGAAAGGUUUUUGCUGUAGUUCACACCUUACUCGACAUCAAAGAAUUCACACUAUAGAGAAACAAUAUGAAUGUGACAGAUGUCUGAAAGUCUUUAGUAGUCUCUCAUUUCUUACUCAACAUCAGAGUAUUCAUACUGAAGAAAAACCCUUCGAAUGUCAGAAAUGUAGGAAAUCCUUCAGCCAGCCUGAAUCACUGAAUAUGCAUUUGAGAAAUCACAUUAGAUUGAAACCUUAUGAAUGCAGUAUAUGUGGAAAAGCCUUCAGUCACAGGUCAUCCUUGCUUCAGCAUCACAGAAUUCAUACUGGAGAGAAACCUUAUGAAUGUAUUAAAUGUGGGAAGACCUUCAGUUGUAGUUCAAACCUUACAGUACAUCAGCGAAUUCAUACUGGAGAAAAGCCAUAUAAAUGUAAUGAAUGUGGGAAAGCUUUUAGCAAAGGCUCAAAUCUUACUGCCCAUCAAAGAACACAUAUUGGAGAAAAACUCAAUAGUGCAAUGAACAUGGAAAAAUGUUUAGGCCUAAUAAAUCACUAUACAUGUCAGAAGUCAUAUGAGAGUAAAACUGUAUAAAACAGUAUUUGUUGUAAUGAGCUUUAGCCACAGAUAAUUCAAUAUCAGAAAAAAAUUUUUUGUCAUCAGAAAAUUUUUAUUGAAAAGUAUGGGAAGACCUUUAGUAAUGAUACAACCAUUUUGUCUAUAAGAGUUCCUACUGUAGAGAAACUAUAUGGUGACAGUGAAUGUGGGAAAGCCUUUGUCAGUUUCAAUUCCUUAAUUGACACAAGUAAAUCCACACUAGAAAAAAAAAAACUAUACAUAUGAGAAAGACCAUAGGAAAUAGGAAUUUCUUAAAAACUUGCGCAGUAGACAAGUUGUAGGAACAUAGAAAAUUAAUAAUGUGUGGGAAAUCCUCCAGUUGAAGUACUCCCUCACACUGGAGAGAAAUCUGACAUAAGCAGAGUGUUCACUGGUGUUUAUCUUGCUAGACGUCAGAGUUCUACAACAACAUAAAGGAUAUAAGAAUUAUGUGUAAAUCUUUGCAGUGGUACUAUUUGUAAACAAAAUUCUACAGGGAGCAGACAAAUCUUACAGCAGUAGCUUGCAAUUUGAGUCCUACAUAGAAAUUAUUUUUAGCUAAUGGUCAUGUGAAGAUACUUAGUAAUCCACUGGAUACAAUACAUGUUAUAAUGUUAAAAAUGAAAGCUGCGAAAGAAGAAUGUUAUUAAAUUUUUGGUUUCUAAUAAAAUUUUGUACAUAAGGAGCUUU